AGCGGAGGGGCGCGCGGCCAACGGCGGCCGCUCCCCAUAAAAAGAGGGACGCGGCCCGGCCUCCGCACCCUGCGGCGGCGCGUGAGCUCCGGAGCGGUAUCUGUGACGGCGCAUUUCUCCCCCGGCUGUGUAAGAUUCAAGACCUGAAAAAAAUGGCAUUAGCAGCAAUUGAUCCACAACAGAACAUUGUGUCGAGGGUAGCAAACCUUCCUUUGGUGAGCUCCACCUAUGAUAUGGUGUCUACAGCCUACAUCACCACGAAGGAUAACCAUCCCUAUUUGAAGUCAGUAUGUGAGAUAGCUGAGAAAGGAGUGAAGACAAUUACUUCAGUAGCCAUGACUAGUGCUAUGCCUAUCAUCCAGAAACUGGAACCACAAAUUGUGGUUGCCAACAACUAUGCAUGUAUAGGUCUUGAUAAAAUUGAAGAGAGACUUCCUAUUCUGAAUCAACCCACUGACAAGGUUGUUGCCAAUGCUAAGGGUGUAGUUGUUGGAGCCAGAGAAGCUGUAACAACCACUGUGACUGGUGCCAAGGAAACUGUUGCUCACAAAAUAACUGGAGUUGUGGGCAAGACUAAAGAAGCAGUGCAAGACAGUGUAGAAAUGACUAAAUCUGUUGUCAAUGGAGGCAUUAACACUGUUUUGGGAAGUCGUGUGGUGCAAAUGAUGAGCAGUGGAAUGGACAGUGCUCUCACUAAAUCAGAGACCCUUGUAGACCAGUAUCUCCCACUUACAGAAGCAGAACUAGAAAGAGAAGCUGCAAAAGUUGAAGGUUUUGAAGUUGGAGUUCAAAAGCCAAGUUACUAUGUUCGACUAGGAUCUCUGUCUUCAAAGUUCCGUGCACGUGCCUACCAACAAGCCUUAAACAAAGUGAGAGAUGCUAAACAAAAAAGCCAGGAGACAAUUUCUCAGCUCCACAACACUGUUAGUCUGAUCGAGUAUGCCAGAAAGAACAUGAAUAGUGCCAAUCAGAAACUUCUUGGUGCUCAGGAAAAGCUUUAUCAAUCCUGGGUAGAAUGGAAGAAAAAUACAGGUCAAAAUGAUGGUGAUGAAUCGCAUAGUGCUGAGCACAUUGAGUCAAGAACUCUAGCUAUUGCUCAGAGUCUCACUCAGCAGCUUCAGACCACCUGCCUCACACUGGUUUCAAGCAUACAAGGGCUGCCACAGAGUGUGCAGGAUCAGGUUAACAGUGUUCGCUCAAUGGCUGGUGAUGUCUAUGAAAUCUUCCGAUCAGCAUCCUCCUUCCAGGAACUUUCAGACACCUUUCUUACUACUAGCAAAGGACAGCUGAAGAAAAUGAAGGAGUCUCUGGAUGAUGUGAUGGAUUAUCUUGUUAACAACACACCGCUCAACUGGCUGGUAGGUCCCUUUUACCCGCAACUGCCUGGCACUCAGCAUGCUGAGAACGAGGGUGAAGGGGAGAGAAAUUCCAGCCAGGAAGACAAACAGCUUGAACACAAUACUGAGUAAACUGCACAGCAUGUGUGUAUCCUGCAGACUGGCCAAACAAGUGAUGUUUAACAACUGUAGCUGUCAAAAAGCCUUGGAGAAAAAACUUGGAGUUGUGUGAAGAGACACUCCAACAAAUGAGUUGUAAAGCUAUUCUAAAACAAACAUGUGAUUAAGUGCCUGAAAAUUGGCAGCUUACAGUUGUCAGGAUGCCUUGUUUGACUGUAAAGUCAAGAAACCUCACCUUGCUUAUUAAUGGCGCUAAUCAUUUUAUUCUAAAUUAGUUAUAUCACAAAGGCGUUUCAUUUGAUGUUUAAUUUCUUGUCAGAAUAAUCUCAGAAUGGCUUGGGUUGGAAAGGUCUUCAAGCAUCGCCAGGUUGCCAGCCCUUUGCUGCAGGACAGGUUGCCAACUGGUAGAUCAAGCACUGGGUGAAGUUGCCCAGGGUCCCAUCCAGCUUGGCCUUGAAUGCCUCCAGGGAUGGGUCAUCCAUGACCUCUGGACAACCUGUUCCAGGGCCUCACUCACCCUCUCAGUGGAAAAACAUCUCCUGACAUCUGCUCUAAAUAUUCCCUUCUUUAGUUUGAAACCACUCCCUCUUUUUCUAUCACUGUCUACUGGUGUAUUUAAAAAAAAAAAAAAAAAAAAGUUAAAUUCUGUUUAUAAUCCCCCUUUAAGUAUUGGUAGGCCAUAACGAAGUCUCUCCACAGCCCCAAGUCCAGCCUCUUCAGCCUGUCUUAGUGUGAGAGGUGUUCCCACCCUCUGAUCAUCCUUGUUUCCCUCCUCCAGACCCUCUCCAUAAGCCCAGUAUCUUUUCUGUGCUUGUGGCCCCAGACCUGGAUGCAGUACUCCAGAUGGGGCCUCAUAAGGGCGGAGCAGAGGGGGAUGCUCACCUCUCUCACCCAGCUGGCCACCUCCUUUCUGAUGUAGCCCAGGGUACUGUUGGCCUGCAAGUGCAUGCUGUUGGCUCAUGUUAAAUUUUCUCAUCUAACAGGAUCCCUCAAUCCUCAACAGGGCUACUCUCAGAAAGUUCUCCCAGACUGUAUACAUAUCACAGUCUUGUGCGGGUUGGAAGGGACCUUAGAGAUCAUCGAGUCCAACCCCCAGGAUUUGAGAUUGAGCCUCCUGUGUAGCAGAGCGGCACUUCUACCACUUGCGCCACAGGGGGGAUUUGAACCCGGGCCUCCAGUGUUGCAACGUGGCAUUACUACCACUGCGCCACCGGGGUUACUUUGUACUUGAAGUUCACAGAGGCCUGCCUUUAGAGUUUGUCAAGGUCCCUCUGGAUGGCAUGCCUUCCUUCUACCAUUAUCAACUGCACCACACAGCUUGGUGCCACCAGCAAACUUGCUGAGGGUACACUUGAUCCAAUCAUCUGUAUAGUUCAUAGAGAUUUUAAAAAGUACUGGUCCCAAGACAAACCCCUGGGGAACACCACCCAUUGCUGGCCUUCACCUGGAUAGAAAGCCAUUGACCAUAACACUCUAGUUGUGGCCUUCCAACCAAGUCCUUAUCUACCAAAUAGUCCACCCUUCAAAUCCAUAUCUCUCCAAUUUAGAGAUAAGGAUUUGAUGGGAAACCAUGUCAAAAGCCUUGCAGAAGUCCAGUACGUAAUAGCCUUACAUGCUAUGAAAUGCAUUUAAAAGCUUUGCAUUCAAGCUAAGUAUACUUAAAUUCCAUAUUUGCUGCAGAUUAUGCAUUUGAUUAUUAUUUUGUAUCUGACUGUCUUAAAUUAACUGCUACCUAAUUCAUGAAAAUAAGCGCAGAAAUCCAUAGCAGAAAGUGGGGUUUCUGACUGAGUCAGCUGGAGUUAAAUGCUGUGCCAGUGCUCUUACUAACAGUAUAAUUGUAUUACACAGCAACUUGACUAAAUCAUUAUCAAAGUGUAUUUUUCUUAACAUGGUAUAAAGAUGAGAUUCAUGCUGUUUGUACCCAGGUGCCUGCCGUUGUAUGCUUUUUGUUUUGUAGCCAACGUUUUGUAAUCCAUUUUGUACCUUAGUAAUAAAUGCUUUAGCAGCCAAA